ACCAGUUUGCUUGGCUCAUCUGUGCGCAACACACGUACGUUUCGCAAAAUACUCAGUACAAAAAUAAAAUUAUUAUGUUGAAAAAUUACUACGUUCUAGUCUUCUUAUUUGUAUUCAUAUUGGAUGCAGAGAGCCAAAGAAAUGUUGGUGAUCCGUGCGCCGAUCGAUUUACGAACACAGCUGGAGUAUGCAGGCCUGUCAACGAAUGCCAGUCGGCCAGGAUAGCUGCAGAGCAAAACGGAAUCCAGCCUACAUUUUGUGUAUACAAUAGCUUCGGCACAACUCUAGUAUGUUGUUUAGACGGCAGCUCCAUACUGCAGCGAGGCUCGCCAAAUAUAGACGACCGUCCGAUCUGGGGCAGCAGUAGCAGCUCGAAAAGAGUCAGCGAAAGAAAAUGCGAAGAAUACAGCCGUGGAGUUGUCGAAAGGGUAGACUAUAUCCCUUUACUACCAGACCCUGAGCCCUUCACAAUCACGGCCGCCAAGUGCGACUACACUGGCGUGGAGCUGAUUGUGGGGGGUGAGAACGCUGUGCAGGGAGAGUUUCCGCAUAUGGCUGCAAUAGGCUGGACUAACUUCGAAGGCGGUUACUCCUUUCCUUGCGGGGGGAGUCUGAUCAGCCCUCGGUUCGUGCUCACAGCAGGCCACUGCAUCAAGUACGAUAAUGCCAAAGACCCUGACCCCGUGGUUGUGAGGCUCGGAGACCAGAACAUAGACCCCAGUGUGGAUGAUGGGGCAGAUCCUAUUGAUGUACCAAUCAGAAAGAUUCUAAAACAUCCAGAGUACAGACCUCCGAAGGUGUACAACGAUAUCGCUCUAAUGGAGUUGGCGACGAAUGUGGAGUUUAAGGCUUCGAUAAGACCGGCUUGUUUGUGGACCAGGAGCGAUUUCGGCAGCAAUACCAAAGCCCUCGCUACUGGCUGGGGAGUUACUGAUACGCGUACGCAACAGACAUCCAAAGAGCUCCAAAAAGUGUCACUCUCUCUGCUAGAGAACAGCCGAUGUGAUAGAUUCUUAGAAAUAUUCAAGAACAGAAAGUGGAAUGGAUUUGUUCCGAGUCAAAUGUGCGCGGGAGAGCUCAGGGGCGGCAAAGACACUUGUCAGGGUGAUUCCGGAUCCCCGCUCCAAGUAGCGUCAAGAGAGAACCAGUGCAUCUUCUACAUCAUAGGCGUGACGUCAUUCGGCAGGAAUUGCGCUGAGCCAGGACAUCCUGCAGUGUACACCAGGGUGUCGAGCUACCUUGAUUGGAUAGAGAAGACUGUGUGGCCUGGCGAAUAAAGUAUUUUGAAAAAUG